AAGACCCGGUUACAACAUUGGGUGUAGGUUUUGAUAUUGAAAAACCUAUAGGUUGUUGCCCACAAAGGCCAAUAUAUCAAAAAGCCUACACUUCACUCUCUUUUUCUUUAAUACGUUUCCGAGUUAAUACAUACAUUAUAAAAGCGACUUCCAAAAUCCUUCUCCGAUUCCGAAACAAUGGCAAACGACAACGGGAACGCGCCACUGCUAUUAGAAGCGCCACCAUCUUCCCGGCCAUCAUGGUCCAGCAGCGCCGCCCAAAUCGACGCAUUGCCUUACAUCGAUGACGAAUACGGCGACCCUAAAGUCAAAGCUGAAGUUGACCGUUUAAUUGAAGAAGAAAUGCGUCGCAGUUCCAAACGUCCUUCUGAUUAUCUUAAAGACCUUCCUCCUGUUGCCAAAUUCAACUUUGAGAAUUAUCCAAUGCUUGGUAGGGAGUAUGAAAGGGUGAGAGCUGGGAAACCUAUGGUGCCUUUAGAUAUGUCAAGAUACGGGCUCGAUGUUCCAUCUGCGAAUAAACGGAAUGACGAAACUGCUUGGAAGCAGGCACUUCAGAAAUCUCAACGUUUAUUGCAGCAUCAAGUUAUCAGGCUGGAAAAUUUGGAUCUGAUGUCGAAAUAUGGGGCUGAUGUAUGGAAACAACACAAUCAAAGACUAGAAGCAUUCUUAUCAAGAAUGCAAGCACAAGCAGCCGAGUUAAAUGAAAAGAUAGAAAUUGUUAACCGGGAACGUAAAUAUCAUCAGCAAAACACAGCAUACGAGUUAAAUGCUUUAUCUGCACAAUGGAAGGAACUUUGCCAGAAGAACAUAGCAAUUGAAGCUGCAUGUGUCCAGAUUGAAAGCUAUCUUGAACAAUUAAAAGCAGAAGCUGUUGAGAGUGGCUGGAAUCUCGAUAUUAAUAUGGAGAAUGGUUCUUCGUUGCCUUGAGUAAGGGUCAUGGAGCAUGUUGGAUGGAAAAGACAAUGAACCAGGCCUAUGUUUUUGGCAGACUUUGAAUUGGGCCGCGUAAUAUCCCAAUAGCUCUUUAGAUGUUUGCUCAAAGUCCAUCGGCUGUAUGUGUAGUAAUGCAAUUGUAACUUCAAUGUUUUCUUCCAUGAUUUUGUAUUAGAUGAUGAUUGACUGCUAUGAACAAUGUAGCCGGACUUUCUUUUGUAAGUUUAUUCUACAAAAAGUAAAAUCACUAGAGUUUGGUA